AUGGAUCUGUUAACGCAAUCCGAGCAGCGCAUGCUCGAGCAGCGCAUGCAGAAGCGUCAAGUCAAAGAGUUUCUGGGCGCUUUCGGUGGCCUCGUGGAGCACUGCUUCACCUCGUGCGUGGACGACUUCACCUCCAAAGCUGUGUCAUCCCGCGAGAACGGCUGCAUCAACCGCUGCGUCCUGAAAUGGAUGGCUACUCAGCAGCGCGUCAGCGAGAGGUUCCAAGAACAUAAUGCUCAGCUUACGCAGCAGAUGCAGAACAAAUAA